AACACAUUUGGAUGAAAGGUUUCCGGCGUUAUCCACAUACCACUUCAAAAGUUCGGAGAUGCAUAUUAUUUUCCUGUGGCUCAGUUCAUCACCAAAGAUACUUUAUAGACACUCCUUUAUUUAAACAUUGGAAUAGCAGGCUCAAGUGUCAUGCGGCUGUGUCUCCUUUCCCUCCUUUUUAUCAUCAAAGUGUGUCGACUCAAUAUUGUAAGGCGAGACGUGUGCCCACCCCUGCCUCAGUGUGAGCUCACCAAGCCCUUGAAAAAGUUGGAUAGUUAUCAAGAAAACUACUCUGUACACUACCAGUGUGUGGAUGGCUAUGUGAGGAUGGCGGGGACCUCCAGUCGCAUCAAGUGCAAACGAAUUAAUCAGGUUCUUCAGUGGGAAGGCCCAACACUGAUAUGCAUUCCCGACCCAUCUAUUCCAACUACGAUAUUACCUUCAAUAACCCACAAGAGGACUCCAUCUCCCAUAGUGCACCUCUCAGUGCCAACAGAGAGAAUUAGCCCAAGACCAACCACUCCCAGUUCACUUUUAUCUCCAAUACUGCAGAACCAAGAGGUCAUUACUACUGUUACAGUGACAACCACCAUCAUCGAUGACCUUACAUUAGUGCCAGUGGAUAAGUCCAGUGCGGUGACCUCUGUCUCCACGAAGACUGUUUCUCCAUCAGAAAGUUACUGUGUCUCCAACAGAACCCCAGCCUCCAGUGAGGAUCCAGUUGGCGAUGGAAGCACUGGGAAGAGUUCUGCUACAGCCAUAUAUGCGGGUGUAGGUGGGGUGGUAGUAACCAUCUUGCUGGUUGCAGCGUUAGGAGUACUAAUGUUUUGGAGAAGGAAAUGGAUGCAGCGGCUUGAUCUGUCGCCAACACCAGACGAAAUAGUGCAAAUUAAUGUUGUGACAUGAGCCACACUCCUUAGUGCCCUGACUGACAACCAGCAGCCACUUAGAAAAGACAAAAGUGCAUCAGUCUGAUGGUGGGGGGACAAUGACCUUGGAUUGGACAAGAGGUGGACCAAAAAUGUAUGGCCCCGACCUCGUUGUCCUCGUGUGGAAAAUUAAAAUACCUAAAGCAUCACCCAAAUGGAUUAAUUUAAGACAUAUUGAUUAAUUUCAUUUAUUAAUUAAUAUCCGUAAACUAUUUUGAGGAUAGAUUCUAAAUUAAUAUGGAAGCAUAUUGGUUAUAUAAAAAAACAAUUAACUACAGUGCAUUCAGAAAGUAUGCAGACCCCUUGACUUUUUCCACAUUUUGUUACAGCCUUAUUAAAGAAAAUCAAAAAAUCAAAACAUAAUGACAAAGCAAAAACAGAUUUUUAGACAUUUUUGCAAAUGCAUUACCAAUAAAGAACUGAAAUAUCAAAUUUACAUAAGUAUUCAGACCCUUUACUCAGUACUUUAUUGAAGCACCUUUGGUGGCGAUUACAGCCUCGAGUCUUCUUGGGCAUGAUGCUACAAGCUUGGCACAACUGUAUUUGGGGAGUUUCUCCCAUUCUUCUCUGUAGAUCCUCUCAAGCUCUGUCAGGUUGGAUGGGGAGCGUCGUGACACAGCUAUUUUCAGGUCUCUCCAGGGAUGUUCGAUCGGGUUCAAGUCCGGGCUCUGGCUGGGUCCCUCAAGGGUAUUCAGAGACUUGUCCCGAAGCCACUCCUGCGUUGUCUUGGUUGUGCGCUUAGGGUCGUUGUCCUAUUAGAAGGUGAACCUUCGUCCCAGUCUGAGGUCCUAGGCGCUCUGGUGCAGGUUUUCAUCAAGGAUCUCUCUGUACUUUACAUCUUUCCCUCAAUCCUAACUAGUGUCCCAGCCCCUGCCACUGAAAAACAUCCCCACAGCAUGAUGCUGCCACCCCCAUGCUUCACAGUAGGAAUGGGAUUGGCCAGGUGAUGAGCGGUACCUGGUUUCCUCCAAAUGUGACGCUUGGCAUUCAGGCCAAAGAGUUCAAUCUUGGUUUCAUCAGACCAGGGAAUCUUGUUUCUCAUGGUCUGAGAGUCCUUUAGGUGCCUUUUGGCAAAUUCCAAGCAGGCUGUCAAGUGCCUAUACUGAGGAGUGGCUUCCGUCUGAUGACUCGACUAUAAAGGCCUGAUUGGUGGAGUGCUGCAGAGAUGGUUGUCCUGGAAGUUUCUCCCAUCUCCAUAGAGGAACUCUAGAGCUCUGUCAGAGUGACCAUCGGGUUCUUGGUCACCUCCCUGACCAAGGCCCUUCUCCUGAUUGCUCAGUUUGGCCGAGCGACCAGCUCUAGGAAGAGUCUUGGUGGUUCCAAACUUCUUCCAUUUAAGAAUGAUGAAGCCACUGUGUUCUUGGGGACCUUCAAUGCUGCAGACAUUUUUUGAUACCCUUCCCCAAAUCUGUGCCUCGACACAAUCCUGUCUCUGAGCUCUACGGACAAUUUCUUCGACCUCAUGGCUUGGUUUUUGCUCUGAUAUGCACUGUCAACUGUGUGACAUUAUAUAGGCAGGUGUGUUCCUUUUACAAUUAAUGUCCUAUCAAUUGAAUGUACCACAGGGGGACUCCAAUCAAGUUGUAGAAACAGCUCAAGGAUGAUCAAUUGAAACAGGAUGCACCUGAGCUCAAUUUCGAGUCUCAUAGCAAAGGGUCUGAAUACUUCUGUAAAUAAGGUAUUUUUGUUUUUUUAUACAUUUGCAAAAAUGUCUAAACCUGUUUUUCCUUUGUGUGUAGAUUGAUGAGUGGAACAAAUUUGUUUCAUCCAUUUUAGAAUAAGUCUGUAACCUAAAUCAAAAAAUGUGGAAUAAGUGAAGUGAAUCAUUUCCCGAAUGCACUGUAUAACUUGGGUUACUAUACAGAUCUAACAAUUGUUUUACUGUAUCCAUUACAAAGACCAUAGUAACCCAACUGUUGCUUUCUGUCCAUGAUUAUGGUGACAUCUAUCAAAACACAACCAAGACCUUACUUUGUGAAUUAAAUGUUAAAUGGAAUUUAACUUGUCACCCCCACUUGUCACGAACCGGCUCAAAGCCCGUAACAAAGGGAGACAACGUGGAGAUAAGGAGUAGCAAAAUAUGUAUUUAUUACCUAAAGCAACUAAGUAUAAUAUACAAUGGUGUGUGUAAUCAGUAAUCAGUAGUGUAAGUGAGUGUUUUGCAUGCAUGAAUGUGAUAAUGCAGGGUGAUGAAAGGUGCCAAAGCAAACAAACAAACGGCCACCAAGAACCACAACACAACCUACAAAGGGUGUCUGCAUGGAGAGAGUCUCCCCCAUGAAUGUGGAAGAGGUCUAUUUAUCCUGGGAGACACCUGGCCCAGGUGUUUCCCAUGUAGCUGAAGACCCUCCCAACUCCGCCCACCGGCAUCCUAAUAAGGAAACAAGAACAAAGACAGAAUACGGCAGACAAGAGUGGGAGGGUCGUCACAAAUGAUUAUUAUAAGACACAGCAUUGCACCUCGUAUUAAUCACUAAAUUGUCUGUCACUCCCAAACAGAAGACAUCUAUGUUGGUACCAAUUUAUUUUUAAAUGUUUUAACUUACAUUUCCUUGUUUAUACAUUACCAGCCAAAAAUGUUCACACCUACUCAUUCCAGGGUUUCUUUCUUUUUACUAUUUUCUACAUUGUAGAAUAAUAGUGAAGACAUCAAAACUAUGAAAUAACACAUGGAAUCAUGUAGUAACCAAAAUAGUGUUAAUCAAAUCAAAAUAUAUUUUAUAUUUGAGAUUCUGCAAAGUAGCUACCCUUUGCCUUGAUGACAGCUUUGCACUCUUGGCAUUCUCUCAACCAGCUUCAUGAAGUAGUCACCUGGAAUGCAUUUCAAUUAACAGGUGUGCCUUGUUAAGUUACUUUGUGGAAUUUAUUUCCUUCUUAAUCUGUUUAAGCCAAUCAGUUGUGUUGUGACAAGGUAGGGUUGUUUAACUGGCUGGAAUAAUUUACCUGUAGAAAUCAGGGCAUUAAAAUUACAGUGAAUUUAAGAAAGCACUUUUUCAAAUGUUAAGAACAAAGUGUUAAUAUACAAAUAUGGUCACAUGUUUUUUUAUUUAUUUGUAUUAUGUAAGUUGAAUGUUUUAUUAUUCGACAGUAGUUGCCAUAUUACAGUUGCUUUGUUUUUUAAUUUGGACACUUAAGAUUUGUAGUUACAUCCAUGUACGUGCAAAUGUGAGAAAAUCACAGUUUGUGCUAUAUUUGUGUACAGUGCUAAGAGGUUGAAAAUGUAAAAUUGGGAAGAUUGCACCUUUCCCUAAUAAACAUUUAGUGGUG